CAAAUGGAAUGUCCAACAAAAACAAAAAUCUAAAAAAAAAAAAAAAAAACACCUAAUACUACUUUUUCUUGGAAGAAAGACACCGGAAGAUAUCCAUAUGUCCUGCUGUUUUGUACAUACAAAAACAAAACAAAAAAACUAAAAUAAACAUAUGUACAUAUAUGACUUUGGAGAGAUGAUAACGAUGUUGCCAAAGCUGGUGAUGAAUGACGCAGCUGCCACCUGCUGGUCAGGAGCGGAACGUCCCUAAUGAUUGUUUCCCCAGUUACACCAGCUAUAUAAAAGAUUAAUUCACGCAAACACGAAGAAUCAUAAAUUUAACAGCCGUCUAUAAAAUCUUAAUUGUGUAAGUCUCAUCAUCAUCUAUGCUCAAGACUGAAUUUUGAGCGAGCUGCGCAGAAUCCGCCCACUUUCCUCAAGCGUGUCCAAUAGUGUCUCCAGAGAGCCAUGAGGUUUAUUUUAAUGACCUUUGCUUGACUUUUCCACUGAUUUACAGGUGUGCCAUCACAGGUGGACAGCGGCAUGGAGGGACAGCAGCUACAGCAGGUUUUGAACCCGCAGAGACUGAAAUCACUACAAGAAUGGAUGCAGAAAAGCUCAGUCACUUUAACACAGGUCAAUGGGCAGAGGAAAUAUGGUGGUCCUCCUGUUGGCUGGCAAGGUCCUGCUCCCGGCCCGGGGUGUGAGGUUUUCAUCAGUCAGAUCCCAUGUGAUGUCUAUGAGGACCACCUGAUCCCUCUUUUCCAGAGCAUUGGAACAAUUUAUGAAUUUCGUCUCAUGAUGAACUUCAGUGGGCAGAACCGUGGCUUCGCCUACGCUAAGUAUGGUGACCCGGUCACCGCCUCCGCUGCCGUUAUGACCCUGCAUCACUACCGUCUGCCGGAGGGGGGAUGCCUGACCGUGCGCAAGAGCACAGAGAAGCGACAGCUGCGUCUGGGGGAUCUUCCAACUAGCACAAAUCAGGGGGAGUUGCUGACGGUGCUGCGAAUGAUCUCUGACGGGGUGGAGGAGGUCCUGCUGAAGAUGGCUGGGCCCAAAGGGAAAGAGGUUGUGGCUCUAGUGAGCUACUCCUCCCACUACGCUGCAUCCAUGGCCAAGAAAGUGCUUGUGCAAGCUUUUAGGAAGCAGUACGGCAUUUCCAUUACUGUGAAAUGGAUGUCCUUCUCCAAGUCCAAGCAUGUCGACGAGACUGGAGAAGAUGACCGCUUUACUCCACCUGUUCUGAAUCCCCUCCCCAAACCCUCCAUCACCCCUCCCCACCUGCACCCUCAGCCCUUGCUUCAUGAUGUCCCAGCCCACUCACCAAUCCAGCCCUUCUUCCGGGCUGUGGGAGGUCCGGCUAGCCUGAGAGAUGAGAUGAUGCCUCGAGCCCCUGUGAAUCAGGAUGCCGUGUCUCAGCUGCAGUGGAUAUGUGAGCUGCACAGACUCGGCACUCCGCAGUAUGAAGUCCGUUUCCAUCGCACCAGCUCCGACGGCUUCCUCUACUUCAACUUCAAAGUCCUGGUCCCAGGCCUUCUUUUUCCUCUGAACGGGGUUAUCGAGAUCCUUCCAGGCACCAGCAUUCAAGCCAUGAAGGCAGAAGUUUAUCGAGCCGCUGCUGAGCAGGUGAUCCAAACCAUGUGUAAAGUCUCAAACUUGCGACCUUUCUAAAAAUGUAGCUGCUUUUGCUAAUGUAAUGUGACAUUAUGUUUUACGUUAAGUAUUAUGGUUUGAAGGCAUGUACUGUUCCAGUCUGAGAUGAGUAAGUGGAAAUUAAUGAUUAAACAAGUAUUUCGUUUAAUGUUAAAGAAGAAAAAAAAAAGCCAAUCUAGGCAGUGAUAUUCUUUUAAUUUUACAAGCUCUUGAAUUCAGUGCUAUGAAAGAGUUUUGAAGUAUUAUGUUCUCGUUGGUAUAAUGUUUUAUAAUAUUUUAACUAUGUAAUAUUAAUCAUUUUUGUUAGUCAGCCUCAUCACAUUUGGAUGACUGCAUGUUUUCACGACUUCUUAUUUUGAGUGUUUUUCACUGUAUUUGACUUUUCACGAUUUAUUUGGAGUGUUUGUCACGUUUGUUGACUUUGCAUGGUGUGCCCUUGUUUCCUUGUUUGAUGGGUUGUACUGACUAUAAAUGACUUUUGUACAGUAAAUAAGUU